UGUGUCUCCUUGAAGCGACACAGAGCAGUGAGCUGCCAUCUAAACGCGUCUGGACCUCUGACAUCAGCAGCAGCAGCAGCAGCAUCCUCACCCAUGAGACACACACAAAGGCUUGUUGUGUAACUAAUUGAGGGGCUUUACUGUUGCGGCUACGGGAUGGUCUCGUCUUACCCGUUACCGGAGGGCUUCUCCGACUUCGAUGUGUUCUCCCUGGGAUCGUGUCUGCUGGUGGAGGGUCUGCUGGGCUUCUUUUUAAACGCGGUGACAAUCGUCGCUUUCCUCAAAGUGAGAGAGCUGAGGACCCCCAGCAAUUUCCUCGUGUUCAGCUUAGCGAUGGCUGAUAUCGGCAUCUGUAUGAACGCCACCGUCGCUGCUUUCUCCAGCUUCCUGAGGUAUUGGCCUUAUGGCUCUGACGGAUGCCAGACUCACGGUUUCCAGGGCUUCAUGACAGCUCUCGCCAGCAUCCACUUCAUAGCCGCCAUCGCCUGGGACAGAUACCACCAGUACUGCACCAGGACAAAGCUGCAGUGGAGCAGCGCCAUCACUCUGGCUGUAUUUGUCUGGCUCUUCUCUGCCUUCUGGUCUGCCAUGCCCCUCAUUGGCUGGGGAGAGUACGACUACGAGCCCCUCAGGACCUGCUGCACUCUGGACUACACCAAGGGAGACAGAAACUAUGUGUCCUACUUGAUCCCCAUGUCCAUCUUCAACAUGGCCAUCCAGGUGUUUGUUGUCAUGUCCUCUUACCAGUCCAUUGCACAGAAAUUCAAGAAGACUGGCAACCCCAGGUUUAACCCCAACACUCCUCUUAAGACGAUGCUGCUCUGCUGGGGCCCCUACGGCCUCCUGGCUUUCUACGCCGCCGUGGAGAACGCCACCCUGGUCUCCCCCAAGCUCAGGAUGAUGGCUCCCAUAUUGGCUAAGACCUCUCCCACCUUCAAUGUAUUCCUGUACGCUUUGGGAAAUGAGAACUACAGAGGAGGCAUCUGGCAGUUCCUCACCGGGGAAAAGAUUGAAGUGCCUCAAAUUGAGAACAAGUCCAAAUAAAUUAAGCAUGCAAUAAUUACACACACUAACUGUCAUGGUGGUUUCUCACUUACCUUGGUGUUUCUGUCUGUGAGCGUAUGUGCAUGUGUUGUGUCUUGAACAGUGGUAGCCAUUGUCCCUUGUAAAUAUCUGUCCUGGAUUUGUUGUCCUUUGUUUCUGCAGUUGUGUUUCAUAAAGGACUUUGUCAACCACAAAUAAGAAUUGGCAUAUUGUAAAAAAAAAAAAAAAAAAAAACUUUCACGCUGCUGAAAAAUUUCGUAAUACCACACAAUUGCAACUAAAAAAACAUAGGACUUGGCUACUUCUGUAACAAA